CCGUUUCUGAAAAACACAAGUACACAACUCAAGCUGAUUUGAUCCCUCAAUCCCCCUCCCUCCUGUUGCCUGCACCUUGCUAUCCCGGCGGAGGACGGUGCUGCAUAGACCAUAACCACCACCAAACAAAACCUAACCAAGCUAUAGCUAAUAAGCACCAACGAAGGUCACCGUCUCCACUGCUUCUCCAAGGAGCAACAUAGUCAUGUCUUCGUUUUGGGUGAAGGAAGUUUCUCAGAGCACAUUGAAAGUUUUACAGAAGUAGGGGGAUUUCUUAACAAAGAAAAGAGUCGAAGGUUCAGAUUUCUCAAAUAAUUUUCUGCGCUAGAAGAAAUGUUUACAAAUAAUCUGAGGCAGGAAGAACGAACUGGAAAAUAUGGAACUCCAAGACUCCAAUACCUUCAGGAAUUAGUGAGCCAGUUUCAGAGUGCAACAGAUGAAGAAACCAAAGAGAGAAUUGUUGCUAACUUGGCAAACUUUGCUUAUGAUCCUUACAAUUAUGCAUUCUUACGCCAGCUCAAUGUUUUGGAACUCUUCUUAGAUUGCAUAACAGAGCCAAAUGAGAAGCUUGUAGAAUUUGGGAUUGGGGGUCUAUGCAAUUCUUGUGCCGAUCCAUCAAAUGGUGCAGUGAUCACUCAAUGUGGUGGUAUACCCCUUAUAAUCCAAUGUUUAUCAAGCCCAGUUAGAAACACAGUUAAUUAUGCUAUUGCUGCUCUUUACUAUCUUUGUGACUCAUCUAACAAGGAAGAGAUUCUAAAGCCAGAAGUUAUAGAUGUCAUCAAGAGCUUCUGCAGCACUCGAUAUCUGCAUGUCGUAGUCCUUCAAAAGCUUCUUUGUAUAGGACAUCAAAGUAGCAAUAAUGGAAGUAUGGAAAGAAGAUAUUGGAAAGAAGAUAUUGGCACUUUGUAUUGUACCAACUGGUGGAGAGCAAGCGUGGCUCAGGGACUCAUGCUUGAGGAGCAGGACCGCAGGAGGGUCCAUAAAAUCAAAAUGCACCAGAUCGUCAAUUCCAAGGGUCUCUGUGUUAGACCUGUACUUGCAAAGUUUGAUCUCAAGAUGAAAUCACUGAGGCUUCUGUGUGUAGAAAAUCUCCCCUGGAUGUGUGGCAUACCAGGAACCCUCAUCCUCAUCAGAGCUGCAUCAUUAAAAUAACCCUGAAACUUCUCUGCCUGUAGUGUGGCACUUGUAACAACUAGUUUGAUCUAUUUCUUAGAACUUCUUUAAGAAUCCCAAACGGCAAAUCUGUUGCUAGACUUCUUUCAUCAGUUUAAUAUUUCAGCACUGUUGUCUUA